AUGGCUUGGUCAUGUCAUUACAGUCCACAGAUUCAUCGUGGUUUCCAAGAAGUUCCUUCCAAAAGAGAGUCACGUCGUAACCUUAUACAAUGUGCUCUCCUACUCAUUCUUCCAGCUAUUCCCUGCUUUGGAACAAUUGCUACGCCAGUGAUUCACCUUGAUGCCACUCUAUGGAGUCUCCCCGGUUUCAUGUUUCAAAUAAACGACUACGCAGUGAUGCAACCCAAUUUUGGAAAUGUUUUAGAUGCUUAUCACUCA